GCUGUUGUAUCCCAAACCCCAGAUACAAGAAAUAUUCAAGGCGCACUUGCGGAUCUGCUGGGCUUGAAAUUGGUGGAGGAGUCAGAAAAUGGACGAGCCGAUAGAUUGCAGACGGAGAUACUUGGAAGAAAUAAGAUCCUUAUAAUCUUAGACGACAUUUGGAAUACACUUGACUUGUCAAGCAUUGGAAUUCCCAGCUACAACGAGCUUCAAAUCUGCAAUUCCAAACUGCUAUUCACCACAAGGAGAUCGAAUGUUUGCCAUACCAUGGAGAGCCAAGCAAAAAUUCAUGUCAAUAUCUUAUCAGAAGAUGAUGCUUGGAACUUGUUUUUGAAGAAGGCAAGAAGGUCUAUUCAAAAGUCUACUCCUUUCUAUGAAGUAGCCAGAAAGGUAGCUAGAGAAUGUGCUGGUCUCCCAGUUGCAUUGAUUGCAGUUGCUAGGGCACUUGGAGAUAAAGAUUUUGAAGACUGGAAACUAGCAGCUCGACAACUUGAGAUGUCUCAACCUGCCAACCUUGACGAGGAGAAAGAUGUGUUCAAGUGCAUUAAGUUGAGCUAUGAUUACCUUGAAAGUGUCGACGCCAAGUCUUGCUUCUUGCUUUGCUGCCUAUUCCCAGAAGAUUAUGACAUCCGUGUUGAAGACUUGAUGAGCUAUGGGUUCGGAACAGGGUUGUUUCGACAUGUCAACAACACAAUAGAAUAUGCCAGAGUCAGAGCACAUUCGGUUACUAGAUACCUUAAAGCUUCUUGUCUGCUUUUGGAUGGGACAAAAGAAGGGUAUGUAAGGAUGCAUGAUGUCAUUCGAGAUAUGGCCAUAUCUAUUGCAUUCUCUGUAGAUGGCCACGCCUCUUUGGUGAAAACUAAUUGUCAUUUGAAAGAUUGGUCGAUGGAUGCGGACGAAGGCUACUCAGCAAUCUCACUAAUCGAGAGCAACAUUUGCAAGCUUCCCAACAAGUUGGUAUGUUCAAAACUUCAGAUUUUAUUGCUACAAAAAAAUGCUGAUAUAAGAGAGAUCCCAAUAACCUUUUUUCAAAGCCCCAAUGAUUUAAGGGUCUUAGAUCUUAGCAACACUGGCAUUUCAUCAUUGUCCCUUUCAUUCAGUCUCCUAACCAGACUCCAAGCUUUGCAUUUAGAUGAUUGCAAGUCCAUGAUUGACAUAUCCAUGCUUGGAAAACUGAAAAAGCUUGAGAUUCUUAGUAUGAGACGCUGUUGCUCUAUUAAGAAAUUUCCAAAAGAGAUUGGAAAUUUGACGAAUUUAAGAAUGUUGGACUUGACUGCAGCCCGUUUUGAGACAGCUCCCUCUCAAGUGAUAUCAAGGUUGUAUAGAUUGGAAGUACUGUGCAUGAGAUGUUAUUUUGGCGUGUGGGGUUGUAAAGCUGCGGGAGGCUGCUUUUGUUUUCUUUCUAGUGCUAGCUUUGAUGAGUUAAUUGGCUUGUCAAGUUUAAACACUUUGAAGCUUUUCGUCUGUGGUGCAGAAUGCUUGCCUCAAAACGUUGAGUUCAAUCCAAAUUGGGACAGGUUUUGUAUAAUUAUCCACAGAUACUACGAGGACUUUUUGUUCCUUUAUGACGAGGCCUUCCCACAUCGUUCUUCAAGAACAUUGAUCAUGGUCGAAACCAUGAAUAACUUACCCGAUUGGUUCAUCAGUGUAGUGACAGAAAGAACAGAUGAUUUAUGGUACACAGGUCGCCAUGGCUUAACUAACCUUCUCGAGGAACACGACCGUGGGAGAUUACAUGGACUAAAGUAUUUGUGUAUAGAAUCUUCCGAAUAUGCCAAAGUGUUGUUGAACACAAUAACAUGGACUAGGGUGUCAAAUGAACCUGUGUUUGAGAACUUGGAAGAGUUGGAAAUCUCCGAGGAUCACUUGGAGGAGCUAUGUGUCGGUGAAUUACCACCUGGCUCUCUACGUAAUCUUAAGAAAUUGAUGAUGGGUGAUUGUUAUUGGUUGGUGAAACCGCUUUUACCGUCAAAGUUGUUGCACAGAUUAGAGAGUUUGGAAGAACUACGUUGUUCUCGUAUGCGGGCAAUGAAAUAUGUGUUUGGAUUUGAAGGGCAUGAACCACAACACGUUGUCUUGACGAGGCUGAGUAUGAUUUCAUUGAGAUCCAUGAACAGCUUAAUAAACAUAUGGGAUGGUCCUGCUCCAUCUGGAAUCUUCCAGAGUCUCAAAAUCUUUUCCUUGGUUAAUUGCCAGAAACUGGAAUAUCUCUUCACAUCUGAUGUAGCUCGAUGUCUUUUGCAAUUGGAAGACGUUUUGGUAGAGGAAUGCGAAUGCUUGGAUAGAAUAAUUGAAGCGAGUGAGGAAAUAGAGAGCAACAAGAUCGUUCUUCCACAGUUAAAGAACUUGGUUUUAAAACGUCUUCCAAAGCUCACAAGGCUGUCCAGUACAAGUAGCAGUACUAUUGAUAUUGAAAUUGAGUGCCCUACAUUGGAACACUUACAUGUCUCUGAGUGCCCCCAGUUAUCAAUCUCUGCUUCUGAUUUCAACAGCAGCAACGAAGUCCAACAAGAUGAUCACCGGCAUUGGAGCACACUACCGUAUAGGAUCGACGACGUGAGGUGCCGCUCAACCUCUCUACUUUUGAUGAGUGCCAACUUGGCACGGGCUCAACAGGCACGGGCUCCGUCAUUCGAGUUUAAAAUGAGAGCUGCAUUGUAGACAAACAGAUGCCGUCAGGAUUUCCGUUAGAUUGGAUUGACCGUGUCAAUUCACAUAGGACAGGGAAGAUGAAACUGUAAAGUAUGAAGUUACCGCAGGGGCUUUGAGGGGAGAAGGAGAGAGGCAGCUGCAUCGAGGAGGAGAUAAGGUUGGGAAGUCUUGUGGUCGUUGAAGUCUUCAGAAACCAUAAACCUGCAAACAGGGCGAAUUUCCAUCCAUAAACCAUAAGAAUGAGAAGAAAGGGUCAGAUGUAUCAAAACAGGGCGAAUUUCGAACCAGCUUUGUUGCCACUGAAGUAGAUCGGCCGGGCUUUGCUAUCGUCAAUCACAAUCUCGGACAAGCAGGUGCUAGGCUCAAUGGGUAUUUUUGUUUUUGUCCCUCGAUUCAUAGCUCACUGUAAUCAGCUAUCAGUUUGAAGAAAAUUCCGCUACUCAAGUAUGGUGAUUUCAAGAAUUAGAGUAGACUUUUCAGUCAUCAGGAUCUUUGGAUCAUAAAGAUGAGCAAGAUAAACCACUAUCUCCAAUAUAAGGGGAGCGGCAAGUGGAUGGGACAUGUUCAUGUGUAAUUGUUGUUCAAGACUACCUUGCUUCUACCACAAACCUUGUACACAAGCACAAACCUUGUACAGAAAUCCAUAUAUAGAAUUCCUUAAUCUUGUUGUGGAUCUAUUCCUUGCAUGUAAAUAGAAAUUGUGUGAGACUUCCUUGUAGAAAUCACUUUCAUUGUAUAGAACUUGUGUAUAAAUUACUUCCUUGCAUAUAGAUAUGUAUACACUCAACGUAAUAUUUUGACCAAGAGUUGAACUUGUACGCUUGCAGAUAAUAUGUAAUUAAGAACUUCAAUUCUAGUACAUGUUACAGAUAAA